AGUAUGGCGACGUGGGAAGGCGAAAAAUUUCGGGAGAUCGAGAAUGCCGAUGAUAUCGAGGGAAAUUUUGAUAAUAUCCUUGUGACACACGAUCUACAAGAUUGUCUCGACGACAGUUUAGACUUAACCAAUUUCAGCAGAGUUUACGAGCAGGAUGCCGUGUUCGAUUAUGAAAAGUAUUCCGACGAUGAUACACCUAUCGACGACGAAAGGCUACCUAAUGACAACACCACGGAGUCUAUUCAUCCUAUAAUUAGCCCUCACGAGAUUUAUAUGCGAAUUCAUUCUGGUCAAAAUGAUAUAUUACCAAUUGACUCUGCAUGUGCAACUAUCACAAUUGAAAGCAAAGUUCCAGACAGUAGUCAAAAACAUAUUGGCCGAUAUACCUGUGAAUAUGAGGGUUGCAAUAGAACAUAUAGCACAGUUGGGAAUUUGCGAACUCACAUGAAAACUCAUAAAGGCGAGUAUCGAUUUAAAUGCGCAGAACCGAGUUGUGGCAAGGCCUUUCUUACGUCGUACAGCCUAAAGAUUCACAUUAGAGUACACACUAAAGUAAAACCAUUUGAAUGCAAUCACAAAGGCUGCGAGAAAGCAUUCAAUACCCUUUACAGACUGAGAGCUCACCAAAGACUUCACAGUGGCAAUACGUUCAACUGCGAAGAGACUGGAUGCAUUAAAUUCUUCACUACUCUAAGCGAUCUCAAGAAACAUAUUCGUACUCAUACUCAAGAAAGACCUUACAAGUGUCGAGAAAAAGGAUGCGGUAAAGCUUUUACAGCAUCGCAUCAUUUAAAAACACAUAAAAGAACGCAUACAGGAGAACGACCUUACGUGUGUACUUAUGAAAACUGUAAACGAUCAUUCACCACGCCUCAUAGUUUAAAAAGUCAUUUGAAAACUCACAAAAGAAGUAAUAAUGAUGAAAUGAAACAAGAAGAGAAUCCAGAUGACUGCAGAAACCAAAGAAAUAAUGAUUUAUUGAAAACGAAAGUCGAUGUUGUUAAGAUAACUAUUAAGAACGCAAGUGUGCCAUCUUACUCUAUUAUACCGAUAUCCUCUAGUAGUCCGCAAAAUAGCGAAAGUAUAAGUUACAUACCCACAAAGAAUAUCAAUGAUCACGCGACAUCGACGAAUGAUAUGAUAGACAUUUUAUGCCAGAGAAGACUCGAUAAGGAGCUGGAUUACGAUAAUAAUACUAAAAAGGUAGAAAGUUCAAAUGAGACUGCCACAGUUACCAUCCUUACACCGGAAGAUAUUGUUUUAAAUAAUUUUAACGAACACACGGUCGAUAAUUUUAAUAACAAUGAGACUUACGAUAAAUAUAAGAUAUUCACCGAAGUGAAUAAUUCGACUUUACAACGGGACCGAAGUGAACAGUGCACGUCAGAUUCUUCGGCGACAAAAGCUUCGAAAAAUAAGAAGAACAACGUGAAACAAUCGAACUCGCUAAAUUUGGAACAGAAAAUUAUACAGGAUGGUUUACACAAUGCAAUUGCACACAUAUCAGAAGGAGCAGACUUCGCUAGUGAUAUACAGCAAUAUGAGAAUCAGUCAGUCAUUGAUAAGAAAACGUAUACUAAUGGAUCAAAUGUAGAACCGAUUGUUAACGAUAGCAACGCAACACUGUAUACUGCGAGUUCUAUUACUAGUCAUGUAUCACCUAUAACUAGCUCACCUAGCAAGUCUCAGCUUUUUAAUAAUGGAAUCGAAAACCUGUCGUUUAUUAAUGAUACCUUACAAACCGGAGCACUUAACAUGGUUGAUCAGUCAGUGAAUUCUAGCGUUGUUGUAACUGCACCGUCGGAAGCUAUCGAAUUGGCCAUAGCAUCCGAAGAGGAAAUACCCUCUCCUUGGAUAGAUGUCAUGGCGUUGGCGACACCAUCCGCUUUAAGGAGACAGUCUUGGUCGGAAGUGAAUGCUUUCCCGACGGCGGUUCAUUCGCUAGUCGAUCUAGUUGAACCAGAACCUUAUCCGUUACAAGUAGAAAAUCAAUUAGAAUCGCUACAACACUUGGACAAUGUUAACCUGGUAGAUGUGGAAAGCAUUGCUACGAGCACAGAAGCUACGCCUCGCAACGAAAGUAUUGAUAAUAAGCUAAAAGAAGAUAGUACAAACCUAAAAAAGAGCAGAAACGUUUUGCAGGAGAUCACAGCCGAUGCAGACAUAUGCAAGUGUAACGAUUGCAAGUGCGAUCAGUUACAAAAUUGUCAGAAUUGCUCGAGUAAUAUGACAGAAGUUAAUAAAAAGAAUCUACCCAAAGUGACAGAUGAUUUCGCGAAUUGUUUGCAGAACGACUGUGUAUGCGACAAUGAGCCUGGUGGUUGUGAUUGUUGCUGUGUCGUUAUCUGUUUGAAAACAUUGCAGCAAUUACAGAAAGUUUUUAGUCGUAAUUGUUGUAGCACCGCUAGUGCUAUAACAUGUUGUAGGGAAACGAAUAAUGUUUUCGUUGAUUUUGUGCAACUAGUCAUGUCAGAAGGAACGUGUUUCGCGUAA